AUGCGUCCUCUUCUUACCAUCUUCCUUUUAUUUUCAGCUAUUCCCAUUUCUUUAAUUAUCAAUAAUAUUUAUCAGAACUAUAACAAUCUGAAAAUUCUUCGAAAAAAUGAAGCGGAAUUCCACUGGAGUCAUAUUGUCGAGUACGAAGAACUACGAACAGCCGUUGGAAAACUUCCAGAUGGAUAUGGAGUAAUGUUAUUAAAUAGGCAUGCUGUGAAAAUGACACUAAAUUGGCUGUGCAAUACAAAAAGUUUUGUGGGGGUCCAUCAGAAAAUGUUGUUUCUAGUGAUGGAUAAAUUUUCUGAAGAGAGUCUUCGAAAAGUUUAUGCGAGAUUGAAUAUUGUUAUUUGGUUAGCACCGGUCCUUCAGAAAACCUUCCGGCCCUACGACACCACCUACAUGAGCUUCUUCUUAAUGCGAACUAAUAUGAUCCAUGCCCUUCAAAAACUCGGCAAACCGUUUUGGAUGCUCCAAGCGGAUACCAUUUGGAGGGAUAAUUUUUUCAAUUCACUUGACACAAAUCAAUUCCAAGGCAUUGAUAUUCUACUCGACCAACAGGGUUACGAUGGGACAGCGAAUAUCAGAAAACGAACUAUGAAUGGUGCUAAUUUCUAUGUUCCUGUGAAAUCUUCGAGUCAAUCUCUUGUGGAAUCUUGGCUGUCUUGGCAGAAGUCCGUUUACAUAACCGAUCCAGAUCUAGUGAAAAUGUUCUGCCUUCGUGGUGAUUAUUUGUGUGAAUAUAUUCCAUAUAGUUUGGUUGCCGGCUGGGAAUGGAUCUAUGGAGAUCAGACGAAUCCACCAGUAAUGAUUCAAAUGGACGGAGAAACCGGAGGAAACAAGGAGAAAGUUCUGGAAAAAUACAACUUUUGGUUUUUGGACAAAAAUGAUAGAUGCAAACCGGAUAAAGUUUCGAGAGGAGUGAUACAGAUGGGCGAAGGAUCAGUGCCACGUGUCAUGACACAAUCCAAAAAUCGAGAACAAUUUUGGCUGAAAUUAGGGGAAAUAUUAAAUCAGAUUCCAGUUUUCGGACAUUAUUCGAGCAUCUAUGGAGGGUUCACAUCUCUUUAUUUACAGUUUUUCUAA